AUGUCUUCUGAAAAGGCACGCAAGACUCAGCUGCAGAAACGUCUGGUGGCCAGCGGCUUGCAACUCUUGCUUGCACUCUUGCCCCACAGCUCGCCGCAGUGGCAAGAAGAAGCCCUUGGAGGAGAGCAGUGUGCAGAGCUGGCAUCGGUGAUUUUCUCGCGACGUGCGGUUCAAAGUAACCAGGCCUCGCAGCUCAUAUCUUCCAGCUACGCUGAUUCCAGGAAGAGGCUUUGGUUGCUGUUUCGGAUGGUACAUCUCAGUUCGGCAAUCCCCACAGAGGUGCAAGGAAAGCUAUCUGCCUUAAUGGAUAGCUACCUGCGGCCUGUUUUGGUAGAGCGAAGGCUGCCAACUGGCUACUGCCAAGCCGUGGGCAGAGGACUUCAACCGCAGGCAAUGCUGGAGGAUGGCCUUCAAGGCUGGGAAGGGCAUGGAAGAGCUACUGUCCGUACAAGGUCGGCAAGACGAGACGAGGUGGGGCAGAUGGAAGUCUGGCAUUCAGUCUAA